AUCAUGACAUGCUGCUUCAACGAACAAGACAAUGCGUCGACUGCUUCCCGGCUUCUUUUUUGAGUUUUUGUGAUUUUGUCCACACGUUUGACGUUCUGAUCCAAAAUUGUUUUUCUUAAUAUAUUUCCUUUCAAAAAAUUUAAACGGUUUGUUUACUACAUAAAUAUUUGUCAUCCCAAGUAUGGCUUCCAUCCCCGAUGCUUCUUGGCAGCCACCUUUUGCAGUACUUCAAACCACGAUGGGAGAAAUUGCUAUAGAAUUGUACUGGAACCAUGCCCCCAACACUUGUAGAAACUUUGCUGAACUCUGUCGUCGAAAUUACUAUGCAGGCACUAAAUUUCAUCGGAUAAUCCGAGAUUUUAUGAUCCAAGGUGGUGAUCCCACUGGUACUGGAAGAGGAGGAGCAUCUAUAUAUGGACGUAAUUUUUCUGAUGAAUUACAUGAUGAACUGAAACACACAGGCCCUGGUAUACUGUCCAUGGCGAAUUCAGGACCAAAUACCAAUGGAUCUCAAUUUUUCAUAACACUAGCUCCAACCCAAUGGCUAGAUGGCAAGCAUUCCAUUUUUGGGAGAAUUUAUUCAGGCAUGUCUGUUGUGAAAAGGAUUGGGUUUGUAGAAACAGAUAAAGAUGACAGACCAACUGAUGAUGUGAAAAUCGUAAAAUGUACAAUCAAAUAUGAAUGAAUAAUACAUAAUUGAUCCUGCUUCUAAA